GCGUGAGGCGAGCGCCGGGGCUCCCGGAGCGGGUGAGGCGACCUCCGGGAGUGGGGACACCCAGCCCCGGUCUCCCUUAUCGGGGCCCCCUCUGGCCGGCUGGGCCCGGGAGCCCCUCUAGCGUCCUCUGCCCACACCGGCCCGAAGCCCACGGGCGGCCAUUGCCUGGGUUGCGUUUUCCUUGGCGGGGAAGCGCCGGUCGGUACUCACGGGAGACCCCACGCCCUCCACGCGAGGACGCCCCGCGCCUCCUCCCCACCACAGUCACUGUCUGCAAACCGUCUGGCCCGGGGCUGGGGAUCCGAGUGAGGCGAGGGGAGGGACUAUGGGAAGAAGAGGGGGAAAGUGGGGCAUCCGUAGGGCGUGGAGGAGAGCGGUCCCAAGCCCUGGGGCCCUAGGCUUCUCCGAAAGGCCGUCCGUUCCCAUCACCCGAGGGCUGUAAUCCCUCCCGCGGGUGCGGAAGCUUCCUCAUCUCCCUACCUCCCACUGCACUGCCGGUUUCCCUGGGUUACCAAGGAGAAGCCAGCGCCUCUACACCCCAGGGCAGGUGGAAGGAGCUCCUACCCAGAAUGGUUAGAUUUAGCUGGGGACCUGAGGAAGGAUGGAGAAGACCCGAGACUUCCUGUGGAGGGAAUGUGCCAGGGGCAGGAGAGCACCACUCUGCAGCACUCUGUUGGGCUCCUUGCACCCUCCAAAGGAUGCAGGCAGUGGUCCAGCCUUGCGGAAGUCUCCUAUACCCAGCAGUGAACUGGAAGAGGGAGCCUGGACUAUUUAGAUCCCUACCUGUUUCAAGGACCUGCCAGUCUGAGAAGCUUCUUGUCAUAAGGCCAUCCAGGGGCCACGCACCCCUACAUUGCCAGCCUCCAGCAUGCAGGAUACCGUAACGACAUCAGCAUUGUUGGACCCCAGCCACUCCUCAGUCUCCACCCAGGACAAGUCCUCCACUGGAGGACACACUUCAAGCACAAGCCCACAGCUCUCAAAGCCUUCAAUCACACCAGUCCCUGCAAAGUCCAGGAACCCACAUCCCAGGGCCAAUAUCCGUCGGAUGCGCCGGAUCAUUGCUGAGGAUCCUGAGUGGUCACUGGCCAUCGUGCCCCUCCUCACAGAGCUCUGCAUUCAGCACAUUAUCAGGAACUUCCAGACAAAACCCAGCCUGAGCCAUAUCUACUUCCUCCUCCAGAAAGCCUUCCCAAGUGAACCGCCCUCCACUCUGAUGGAGUCUUCCAUGCCAUAUGCUCCCGGAACACCAGCAGAAGGUCCUGAACCACCUGUCCCCUGACCUACCACUGGCUGUGACCGCCAACCUGAUAGACAAUGAGAACUACUGGCUCCGCUGCUGCAUGCAUCGCUGGCCCGUGUGCCACGUGGCCCACCAUGGCGGCAGCUGGAAACGCAUGUUCUUCGAGCGGCACCUGGAGAACCUGCUAAAGCACUUUAUCCCAGGCACCACAGACCCUGCGGUGAUCCUCGACCUGCUGCCGCUCUGCCGGAAUUACGUGCGCAGGGUCCACGUCGAUCAGUUCCUUCCGCCGGUGCAGCUCCCGGCCCAGCUCCGGCCGGGCGACCAGUCCGACUCAGGCAGCGAGGGAGAGAUGGAGGAGCCCACCGUUGACCACUACCAACUGGGCGAUCUGGUAGCUGGCCUGAGCCACCUGGAGGAGCUGGACCUGGUGUACGAUGUCAAGGACUGCGGCAUGAAUUUCGAGUGGAAUCUCUUCCUCUUCACCUACCGCGACUGCCUCUCCUUGGCAGCCGCCAUCAAGGCAUGCCACACCCUCAAGAUCUUCAAGCUGACCCGAAGCAAGGUGGAUGAUGACAAGGCACGCAUCAUAAUUCGAAGCCUUCUGGACCACCCAGUCCUCGAGGAGCUGGACUUGUCACAAAACCUCAUUGGGGACCGUGGUGCACGAGGUGCUGCCAAGCUGCUGAGCCAUAGCCGCCUGCGUGUGCUCAACCUGGCUAACAACCAGGUGCGUGCACCCGGUGCCCAGUCCCUGGCUCACGCUCUGGCACACAACACCAACCUCAUUUCCCUCAACCUACGUCUCAACUGCAUCGAGGAUGAGGGUGGCCAGGCUCUUGCCCAUGCCUUGCAGACCAACAAGUGCCUCACCACACUGCACCUCGGUGGCAAUGAGCUGUCUGAGCCCACUGCCACACUCCUGUCACAGGUGCUUGCCAUCAACACCACACUCACCAGCAUCAACCUGUCCUGCAACCACAUCGGGCUGGACGGUGGGAAGCAGCUCCUGGAAGGCAUGUCAGACAACAAGACCCUCCUGGAAUUUGACUUGCGCCUGUCAGAUGUGGCCCAGGAAAGCGAGUACCUCAUUGGCCAGGCCCUCUACGCAAACCAAGAAGCAGCCCGCCAGCGGGCCUUGAAUCCCAGCCACUUCAUGUCAACCAUCACUGCCAAUGGCCCUGAGAACUCUGUGGGAUAAAAUGACCUGACUUGGAUCAUG